AGGUUAACAGUGGUCGCCGAUUUCAGCCGAUUUAAAUUAUAAUUUUACGAUACAUUCAUAAAUUUACACGAUAAUUAUAUGAUAUUUGUCAACAUCACGUCUGCAGUUAUCGGGCCUACAGAUUUGUUUUUCAGAUUGACAUUUUUCAAUUGAGUUAUCAGAUUUUAUCAUAAUUUAUUUUUUAAUAGUUAUUAUAAACUUCGUUAUUAGAUAAACUUUUACCUUGACUUUACUAAAGUAUAAUGAAAGCGAUUAGUAGCUAUUUCACGGCUAGUCUCCGGCUGGCAGUGCGUAACAUUGCUGUCCAACGAUCAUUUGCGACUGACCCAACACCAUCAACAGAAAAAAACCCAUUGGACAACAUCAAACCGCACACUCGCAGUGGAGUGCUGUCGGUAGUGGAAAAAGAUGAUAGUGGAUUUCCAUCUUACAUAAUACUGAAAGAAACCAGUCCUAUACUUAGUCAAGCCAUGAUCAAUAUUAAAACCAAAAAACGACGACAAAAGAAGUCUAGUAUACUCUUAGAAGGCAAGCGCUUGAUACAAGACGCUUUAAAUGCUGGUGUGAAGCCAAAACAGAUAUUCUUCAGCCAAAAGAGAGUGUUGGAGAAUUUGUGUAUACCUGAAGAACUGCGAGAUCUACCCGUUUCGAGAACAAUAUUUUACAAAGCUCCAUAUAAAAUGAUACAGUUGUUUACAGAAACUGAGACUUCACAAGGGAUUAUGGGUAUUUUUGAAAUUCCUGCUUUUGAUCAUAGUGUUCGAAAAAAUGUGUUUCCAAUUACAGUUAUUUGUGAUAACAUCCGAGAUCCUGGUAAUUUAGGUGCUGUGUUAAGAACUGUGACAGCUGUUGGAGCCUCACAAAUUUUAUUAAUGAAAGGCUGUACCGAUUUAUGGGGAGAUAAAGUGUUGAGAUCUGCUUGUGGUGCACAUUUCAGAAUGAAAAUAGUAUCUGAUGUUGACUGGAGUUCUUUGUCCAAUAUCAAAGGUCAAGUUUGUUUAGCCGAUAACAACAGUCUAAGUACCACUGAUAUUUCUGAAGAUAAUAAAAUAGAAGUUUUUAGAAAAACAGCUCCAAUUGAGCUGCCAAUAGUUCCUUACUAUGAAGUUGAUUAUUGUAAAACUACUCCUUUAAUAUUUGUAAUUGGUGGCGAAACACUUGGCUUAAGUGAAGAUAGUUACGAAUUUGCAAGAACGCAAAAAGGUAUUAGAGUAAAUAUUCCUCUACAAAACGGUAUUGAAAGCUUAAAUUCUGCUACAGCUGUUGGAAUAUUGUGUUUUGAAGCCAAAAAACAAAUGUUAAAAUUAAUACAAGAUGAAAAUCAAAUUGAUAAAAUGGAAUUAAAAAAUUAAAAUUUUAGUAUAUAAGUAUAUUUAUAGCAUUUAUUUUAUACAAUUUUGUUUGGAUUUGUAAAUAAGUUGUAAAAGAUGUAUUAAAAUUUAAUAUUUUAAUAUUA